AUGCUAUCUCGAGUCAUAAUCAGAAGACAUGGUCUCAAUACACUAAGACUUGCAAGUACUGCCGUAACGUUUGCUACCAUUUGCACCCCUGCUCUUUGUACCCCCACUAUUCAUACCCCCACUCACAACUUUCUACUCCAUUCGAGAUUCUAUUCGACAGCACAACCACAAAAUGCUUUAGAAUCGUCUGUUCCUCCUGACGAAAAAAGACAAAAUAACAACUCCUCAAGGCCGAAAAGGGAACCUAUUCAUGACUUUGGUACGGCUCGUGAGCGUGGACUUUCAGCACUAUCCCAAAUGGGAAUCCUUGCUUCAGACCCAAGCAUGGAUGCUACUGCUAUUUUGGAAAACUUGGAGGCUGUUUUAUCAUUAGAAACGAGCAACCUUGACAGUGCAAAUGAAUCGGAAUACUCUGCAAAACGUCGGGCGAGACUGCUGGACGCUUCUAUUUCCUUGGGCCAUCGUUUGUUGACUCGGUUGCACAACUUGAAUAAGGCCACUGGAAAUGAGAACAUUCCCGACUCUCUUCUAUUCCGUCGAUUACUCUCUAUUUUUAUCUCCUACAACGUACUCCACGUUUCUCAUUUAAAUCGUGUUUUAGCUACUAUGCUAUCUGAAGAGAAUUAUUCGAAAGCUCUCGCUGUCUGGAUAGAAUCACUAGAGUUCUUCAAAGGCCAUCCAGAAAGACUCCUAGACAAGGACGAUGCCGAAAAACACUACCAACUAAAGGCAAAGGACCAGUUCUUUUACGGUGGUUUGGCUUCCUACCUUCUUUCUCUUUCGGAGAACAAGACUCAGCUUGAUCCUGAAUUUGUCAAGUUAAUAUUGGCCGACUUUGGUGACAAACCUUCUGAGGAGAAUUUAGGUCACUAUUUGCGUGGACUUAGACUUCCAAACUCCCAGCAGAAUCUUGCAAGGAAUCAGUGGCGUCACUACUAUAACGCUACCAUAGAUUACAACAAGCCUUCCAUCUGGCGUGGUGCUAUGAAGGCCGCUAGAGAAAACAAAGGUGCCAAGGUCGAGAGGCUGAUUGCUCAUAACCUUGAGAGGGCUGCAGAGAAGAACGAGGAACUCACUACUGAGACCUUGGCAAGUAUUAUGCGUAUCUACAAUAUUGAUAAGAACUAUCAAAAGGCCCUGCAAACGUGGACAAAGGUGACCCAGGAGUUAAAGUUACAACCUAAUGUGGAAUUGUGGAAUCAAUUUCUUUUGGCAAAUGUUCGUUCAAACGCCCCAAAGAAGCUACUACGCAUUGAUAGUGUGUGGAAGCUUUUGAAGGAGUCUACAGAGGCAAACUCAGAGUCUUAUAGAUUCCUCAUCGAAGGGUAUGUCUCCACUGGAGCGCUUACCAAGGCUUUGGAGGUGGUGACUAACUUGAAGAAAGACAAUCCAGCCCUGUUCACGAAUAAGGUGAAGGAAGAACUCAUUGUGGGACUGCUUGAGAAUGGAUAUGCAGAACAAGGUGACCAACUUUUUCGAACUUAUGCUGCUGAGGAUAAAGACAACUUUAAACCUUCCAUCAUACUCUACAACCAACUUCUUCACCACUUUUUGAAAGCAAAUGACCUCAAGCGUGCCACGGAGAUUAUUGAUCAACUGAUUGCUUCCGGCAAAACAAAUCCUCAAUUGGCACCUGAUAUCGCAACUUGGACAAUAGUCGUUGAUAUUGUGUUGAAGCAAGCACGCAAGGUUGGGGCGUCUUCUGACUUUAUUGUUGAUGAAUUAAAACAUAUCCUAACUUCAAUGAGCUCUAACGGCAUUAAAAUCAACGAGGAGGCUCUUACAAUGUUGAUUACAAAUUUGUCGAGAGAUCCGGAAACUGCCGAACUUGGCUGGGAGUUUUUCCAGUUUAUGAAGAGCAGUAAGAUGAGAAUUUCUGCUGUGGCGUAUACUGCAGUUAUUUUCAAUGAAUGUGCCAAUGGUCGAAUGGAUAGAGCAUUGGAAUUGUUCGAAGAAGGACUUGAAUCAGGUAUCAAACUUAGACCCCAGUUCUAUAAUUUGAUUUUCAAGGGAUACUCGGACCAUCCUAAUGUGGACUCAACGGUGAAGUUCUAUCAUUUUAUCGAUGCUAAGACAAGCAAUAGAGACGACCAGAAACCCAAUUUCUUCAGUUUCUACUAUUUACUAAGAGAGGCCUUGUUUGUCGAAGAUCCUGAAUUCAUCAGAUUUGUUGUCACUGAGUUGAACGACAAGAAGUUGAAAGAGUACGGCAACCAGAUUCCAAGGCUAUUAACAGACGUGGAACGUAGAGGCAUCACUCUACCUGAGGAGCUUAAGAACAGUGUCGAGGAAUCGAUCUCUAGAAAGAAACAUGGGGAUAUCAAGAGCAGAGUAGACGUAGAUUACGCAUGA